GUGGUCCAUUAAAGCUUGUCAACAACUGUGGAUGAAGUGGAUCUGUAAGUUUUGCAGUUUUGUUAGCUACAAUGAAAGAACAAUAGUGACUCAUUACAAAGACAAUCAUCGUGGAAGACAGGGACUGAGCUGCAUUUACUCAAACUGUCUAACUGUUCUCAAAUCUCAUGUGGAUUUCGCAAAACAUAUCAAAGAACAUAAAAGAUCACAUCCAGUUGCUAAACUACGCUGUGAACUCUGUAAUUUUUCAUCACCAACCAACAUCAAACAGUAUUUUCUUCAUUUAAAGAGACAUUUAAGAACUCGAGAGACUGUCAAUUGUCCAUUUGCUGGCUGUUCGUUUAAGUCUAGGGUAAUCUCAACUUUCACUGCCCAUAAGAGUCGAUAUCAUCAUGCUGCUGCAUUUGUUGAUUUCAAACCGGAUCUUGUUGUAAAAUGUCACAGUGAAGUUGUUGUAAAUGAUGAAGACUUUGAUGAAUUAGUGUCAUCAGAUUCAUUGUUGCCUGAACCUGAAGUUCAAACUGUACAAAAUUCCAUUCAGCGACGGAUAGCAUCCCUAUUACUUCGCCUGCAAGCAGUCCUUCAUGUGUCACAAUCAGCAAUUCAAGAAAUUGUUGAUGAGUUAUUUGAUGUUGGUGAAUGUGCCGGACAAAUAACUCGGGACAAAAUUGAAAAUAUUUUGAAAGUGCACAAUUGCUCAUCAGAGGACUUAACAGCAUCUUUGACUGAAGCUUUACAGAGUGCAAACCCACUUACUUUACUUUCAAGAGAGGGGCCUUUAGGCACAGAAUUUAAAAGACAGUCAUUUUAUAGACAGAACUUUACUGUCAUUGAGCCUGUUGAAUACGUUUUGAAUAGGCACAAAAAAUCUCAUACUGUUGUGUAUGUCCCGAUUCUAACAUUACUUUCUGAAAUUCUAAAGAGAGAUGAGGUACUGAAUGAAUUGAGAUUAAACAGAUCUGAACAAUCUGGGCAGUACAAGUCAUGUCUGGAUGGUGACUACUUUAAAAGAAAUCAAAUUCUCUCACACGAAGAUGUUAGUUUGUGCAUAACUUUGUACAUUGACGAUUUUGAAGUUUUUUUAGAUGCUGCCAUCAGACAAGCCAUCUUGAAUAAGUUCAGCAGUGUUGACACAGUAGGACUGACCCCUCACAUCUUUCUGAACGGAACAAAGUAUUCAAAGGGAAUGAUUCUCUCUACUGGGAGUACAAGUGGAUUGCCGAACUUUGGACAAAUUUUAGAAGUGUGCAUUGUKUUGGAGAGUAAUGUUUGCUUCAUUAUAGAACCUUUUACAUCGCACUACGUGGAGUAUCUACGGAGUUACCAUCUUGUGAAGAAAAACCCUCCUGAGUGUCUGUUGGUGAAACCAGAGGAUCUCAACGACUACUUGCCACUGGUGUCAUACUUCAUUCGAGGCCGUCUUCUGGUCACUCCCAAGACUUUCUUACUAAAAUAA